UUCAAAAUGCAUAGUAUUACAUAUGCAACAACAAUUCAAACAACAAAUGCCAGUCGAGCAAAUCGAUUACUAUUGGGUCCCUGUACAGAUGAACUCCGUGAUUUAUUACGUCACUAUGUUCCACCAGCCACAUUCCAACGAGUCAUUCAGCAGUACAGAACCAGUUUAUCAUCUCUUAGUGCAGUUCAAAAAAAUCUUAUCCUACCAAAGCAUGGACAUUACACCGGAAACUAUGAUGACAUGGACAUUUCAUUACUGUAUACGCUAUUACGAAACAUUUGCAAUAUUCCUGGGCAUUCGAAUGGUUGGGGUGCAAGUCCUGAUCCACAUGACAACUCUGUGUCUGCGAAUGUUGAACGAAUUCGAAUCAUCCGUAAUGGCUGUUCUCAUCUUUCAAAUUCUUCCUUGUCUGAUUCUGAUUUUAAUCGUAUUUGGUCUACCAUUAGAGCAGCAGUUAUGGACCUAGACACUUUGCUAAAAAACGGGAAUAGAUAUGAGAGACUUGUAGAUUCCUUGCGUUACGAAACGAUGGAUGCUUUACUUGAUCAGCAGCACAGAAGCUACCGAGCGAGACAUGAAGCCGAGGUAUUAUCGAAUAGAAAUGAGAUAAACAUUCUAACAAAUCUUCAUAGUGCCUUAAUUCGGAAUUGGAAAUUGGAAGACACCUUUUAUUUUGAAACACACAACUUCCCUUCAAUGUUGGAAAAAGUAAAACAACAAUCUUUCAUGAUAUUUAUUGGCGCCCCAGGGGCUGGGAAAUCUGCUACUGUUCGACACAUUGCUAUCAAACUGCAAGAGGACAAUUAUGAUGUUUUACCAAUUAAAGAUAUCAGUCUCAUAGAAAAAUAUUGUAACACUCAGAGAAAGCAAUUAUUUGUUAUUGAUGAUAUAUUUGGCAAAUUUGUUCUUGAUCAGACAUCUUUGAACAUUGUGCUCAGAUACGAAGAAAGAAUAACAAAACCUGUUCAUGAAACCAUAAUUUUAUUUACAUGCAGAGAGGUUGUGUUUAAUGAAGCAAAACAAUUUAAUUCAUUUUUAACAAGACCUGAAAAUGUGAUAAAUAUGCACAGCUUUGAAAAUAAUUUGAAUACAAAUGACAAGAUGCAAAUAUUUCAAAAAUACGGCUUAAAUCAUAAUUUACUACAGCAUUCUUCGUGGAAUAAUACAUCGGAAAUGUUUCCUCUCCUUUGCAAAAUGUAUUCAAAGGAUCCAAAGUUAGAAUUGCUUGGUGGUGGGUUUUUCGUGACUCCAGUUCCAUGUAUCUUGAAAGAAUUAACAAUGAUGCAACAAUACAACAAAAUUAAUUAUGCUUCCCUGGUCUUAUGUAUGAUGAACAAAAAUACCCUUUCAAAAGACAUUUUAAAAGAUGGCAAUUUCUUCAGAACAAUGAAAACAGUCUUGGAAAAUUGCAAAAUUGAAAAAAGUACUGGCAUUUUCAAAUUCAUUGAUGCAUUGACAGGUAUGAAUGGAAUAUACACGAAGAAAUGUGGAGAACAUUUUUCAUUCCUUCAUCAUUCAAUGUAUAAAUUAACUGCCUACCAUUAUGGAGAGCAAAAUCCAAACCAGAAUGUUAAGAAUGAUGAAUGUCGUGCUUUUCUCAGCAGGACGCAACGGGUGACUCCGAAUGAUGGUGAUGACACCAGGUAUGAGUACAGGGAAUCGUUUGAUUUGUUUUUAAAGAUACAUGAGGAUCAUAGGCAAGUUUUGAUUGAGAAAGCCUAUAGCGAUUUAGAAAAAUUAAGAUUAUACGAAGUUUUUACAGAUAAGCGAUUAAAAUGCUUUGGAUUUUGUAGAGCUUUCAUUUACGAGAUGCAAAGAAGAGGAUACAGACAUUUAAAGUGUUUAUUUUUGAAAAAACUGGAAAACAUAAUUGAUAUACUGAAUGUUGGAAAACGAAUUAUUGAAUAUUGCAAAGAGAGGGGUAAUUACAGUGAGGAGAAAAAGCUAAAAUUAUUGGUUGAUGAAAUAGAUAUCUCACAGUCACAAAUAACAUAUUGCGUCAGAGUGAUUAGCUGGGUCAUUUACUACGGACAUCACGAAAUUCUUCAAUUCAUCGUAGACGAAAUUAAGAAAAAUGAUAAAAUCUAUGAAGUUCUAUUUCACAAUCAACACAAUUGUGUUCACCAAACAUUUAAAGAAAACACAUGGUCAUUUGCAAAGGAGCAGACCCGAUUGCUUGUUCUGGCCUGUUACAGUGGAGACUUAGAAACUGUUAGAAUUAUUCUCAAACACUGUUUUAAUGUAUCACAAUCCAUAAACAGCUCUCCAUUGUCCAUUGGUGAAUGUAAAUAUAACAAUUUUCGGAGCUUUGUGACACCAUUAAUCGCUGCAUGUGAAGUUGGAAGUAUUGAAAUUAUUACAGAACUAAUAGGAGCUGGGGCGAAGGUCAAUUCUCAUUGUGCGUUCGAAAGUAAAUACAGCUAUCCGUUAGUAGUUGCAUGUAGGAAUGGACAUUUAAAUGCAGUAAAAGAACUGAUUAAAGAAGGGGCAUUUAUCAAUUCAGUCUCAUCAUCGUUUGGGCCGUUGACAGUUGCAUGUAGAAGUGGACAUGUUGAUGUAGUCAGAGUACUGUUAGAGUCUUCUGCAAAUGUAAAUCAAAAUGAUAGACAUAAAACUCCACUAACUGUUGCAUGUGAGUAUGGAUUUGUAGAUAUAGUGCAGGUUCUAGUUAGUUUUGGGGCUGAUAUCAAUUUAAAUGACGGAAAAGGAAAAACCGCACUAACAACAGCAUGCGAAUAUGCACAUACAGAAGUGGUAGAUUUCUUGCUGAGUAAGGGUGCCAGUUGUAAUCUUCGCGAAAGCAAUGUGUUUAUUCCGAAUCAACUAGGGAGGACACCGUUGAUAAUAGCAUCAGAAAAGGGUCACUUAUCGAUAAUCCAAAAGCUUACAGAAUACAAGGCAGAUUGUUCUCUUUGUAAUAUACAUGGUCUAUCACCACUGUAUAUUGCAUUGAUUAAAAAUAAGAUAGAUGUGGCGAGGCAGUUAAUUCGCAAAGGUAAUUUCGAUUCCAUAAAUGGUAGUAAACUCCAUUUAUUCAAAAUUAUUGCAGAUUUGCGACAGUCACAUGUGAUACUUGAUUGUAAAGACGAUUGCCAAACACUUAAUAUGGUGUGGUAUAACGAUAGCAUCAAGGACUUGUGGAUGACAAUAGUAAAUGAAGACUGUGAUGUACUUCGUCAUCUGCUGAGAACUGGUUUAAAUGUAGAUCAGUGGAUCCAACUGGAUAGUAAAAGCACUUAUAAAAAUGAAAGACCUUUGUUAUUUGCACUGAUUGACGAGCAUUUAGGGUUUUGGGGUGUUGAGGAGAGAGUUUGUAAAAUAAAAAUUUUACUAGAAAGUGGGGCAAAUGUUAAUGUCAAAGUAAAAUAUGGAGAAUAUGAAACAGUAACAGACGCUGAAAUGCAAAAAGAGAAAUGGGUUUCUUUGGACAAAUGCGGUCACCUUGUUCUGGAAGACAAGGUCCACUCAGGAGAUUUGCCAACACUACAGAAGGCAAGGAAAGAAUUCACUGCCUACAAGGAGAGGAGUGAAAGUCAUUCCCUGGACAGUUUAUUCUAA